CCCUUUAGGGCGUGCCCAGAGAUGCGGCGUCUGAUACGUAGCAGAGCGCUACUGCAAUUGGCGGAGAGCUGCAGAGCGAUGAGGCGCGCUGAUAAGGAAGUGUCUCCCGCCGUUGUGAUACGGUACAUUUACAGCGACCGCCUGUACCCGAUACCGAUAGCUUCUAUCUUCCAGCCUGGUGACUUAUGCAUUGUAGACCCUUUAGACAAUAACAGACAGCAUGACAGUAGGCGUGCCUAUACAUAUAUGCAAAGUAGAAGGAUGAAGGUAGCCCCACUCGCUCGCGCUAACCAAUCGGUCUAGACCACGACAAAAUGCACCUUUACAUCUUCCAAAAACACAACAGCCCACCAACAUGACUGCCUCGGACGAUGAAGAAAACGACAUUUUCGGCGUGCACCAGUUGGACUACGUGCCACCUGCGCCCAUAAAAUCAGCCGGUGUGGCAAUAGUGGACUUCGAUGGCGUCCUCUCGCCCCCACUCAGAGUCCACGAGGACCUCAAGAACGGGUGCGGCGGGCAGCUAUGGCCGGCGGGCAUGGUACUCGGAAAGUACAUGCUGCGGCAGCACCGGGACGAUCUCGCGGGGAAAACAAUCGUCGAACUGGGUGCUGGAGGUGGCCUGGUGGGGCUCGCCGUUGCAGUCGGAUGCAAUGCCACCGAGACCCUGCAUAUCACGGACCAAGACGAGAUGUUCGAGCUCAUGAAGAAGAACAUCGGACUCAAUCAGCUUGAGAGCCGAGUGCAGGCUUCAAUAUACGAUUGGGGUCAACCGACACCGUCUAAUUUGCCUCAGUACCCGGACGUGAUUCUCGCGGCUGACUGUGUGUAUUUCGAGCCGGCGUUUCCGUUGUUACAGGCUACGCUGAAGGAUAUCAUUGGGCCGAACACAGUGUGCUACUUCUGCUUUAAGAGGAGGAGGAGAGCGGAUCUGACGUUCAUGAAGACCGCGGGCAAGAUGUUCGAUGUGCAGGAGGUGGACGAUGAUCCCGAUAAGCCGGUCUGGUCCAAGGAAAGACUGUUCUUGUAUCGGAUAACCCAGAAGAAAGAGAAAGCUUAGAAGUAUAGACACUCAAUCCAUGAUAUAUAGACAUGAGGCACUCUUUCAUCUCGAAUUGUGUAACUCGAGCUGCAAUAUGUAUCCGUUUUCGAUGCCUCAUAUAGCUUUCACGACCCUUGUGAGGGAUACUGACUGGCUUGCCUAUUUCCAACUCCAAAUAUCACGCUUUUAUUCGUCUAUUAGUAUUGCUGAACAGCUACAUGAUGAGAAGAUUUGUAGAAUAGCGGUGG